UCUAAUAGUAAAUUCCAAGGGACCCGAGGAAAAACCUAGCCGCCGCCGCUUGGAGGAGGGGGGUCCCUCCUCCCCCCCUCUCCUCCCCACGGUACCCUCCUCGCCUCUCUAUCCUAUUUCCGCCUGGUUUCUCCAAGCUCCGCAGUCUGAGGAUGCGUCUCCGUUGAUAUAUGUUGGGCAUUUUCAACGUCUCCCACAGUCAGUCCAGCUCAAGGUAUUCGUCAAUCUGGUAGACAGAAAGACUAGUCUUCCAACCGUAGGGUCAGGUAUACAAGAUCCAAUAUAGGAGUAGUCUUUUUUCCCAAUAUACUGGAGUAUGUAUAUAAAUAUAAUCGCUGUGCAAUCCUAGCUCAAGCCUUCCUCUCUGAACAGAACAUGAGGAUGUUCCCACGAAAUUUUGCUCCAUUAGCUAUUGGAAUAUUAUUCGUUUUCUUCACAACUUUCGCCUCUGGAGCCACUCGUCUUCCCGCUGAUGAAGUGGAAGCAUUGAAGGUAAUUGGGAAGACAUUGGGGAAGACUGAUUGGGAUUUCAGUACUGAUCCCUGUACUUUUUUCACCAAUAACACCCAAAACAUAGAUGGUUUUGAGGAUUCGGUCACCUGUACCCCUUGCAAUGACACCGUCUGCCACAUUACUCGCAUAGCAUUAAAAGCACAGGAUCUUUCGGGCAUGCUCCCACCAGAAUUGACGAGACUCACUUACCUCGAAGAUAUUGAUCUCACUCGCAACUACAUCAACGGUACAAUCCCUCCAGAAUGGGGUUCCAUGAUGAAACUUGAAAAAAUCAAACUCCUUGGAAACCGAUUAACGGGUCCAAUCCCAAAAGAGUUGGCAAACAUCAACACGCUUACAACUAUAAACCUGGAGUUCAACCAGUUGUCAGGAUCCAUUCCUUUGGAGCUUGGGAGUCUUCCUCUCUUAGAGAUAUUGCGUUUGACUUCAAACUAUUUUACUGGGAAGCUUCCGGAAGAACUUGCAAACUUGACCACUUUGAAGGACUUUCGUAUCGGUGACAACCACUUUACUGGAAAGAUGCCAAAUUUCAUCCAAAACUGGGUAAAUCUCAACAAAUUAGUGAUUCAAGGUAGUGGUUUGGAUGGACCAAUUCCUCUUGGCAUUGGGCUUUUGACAAAUUUAUCCGAUUUGAGAAUCAGUGAUUUAAAUGGUUCCCAAGCAUCUUUUCCCCCGCUUAAUAAUUUGACAAGCCUGAAGACAUUGAUUUUGAGGAGUUGCAAUAUUAUUGGACCGUUACCUCAAUACCUUGGAACUAUGACAAACUUGAAAAUACUAUUAGACCUGAGCUUCAACUACCUAAGCGGGGACAUUCCGAGCACUUUUGCUAGUCUGUCAUCAAUCUAUAAUAUGUAUUUAACUGGGAACUUGCUAAGUGGACCUGUGCCUCAUUGGAUGCUGGAAACUUCAAAUUACAUUGAUCUUUCAUAUAACAACUUUAGCUUUGGGACGUCCCAAGAUUGCCAACAGAGGAAUAAGAACUUGUUUGGAAGCUCUUCAAAGGGUAAUUUGUCUGGAAAUGUCUCCUGUUUGAGCUUGAGAAGCUUUCGUUGCGAACGAAAUUGGUCUUCAUUUUACAUAAAUUGUGGUGGUAAAGAAGUAUCUCUUGGUGGAAAUAUGACGUAUGAAUCUGAUGGAGAUCCAGCUAGGCCUUCAAAGUUCUACCAAAGUAAAACCAACUGGGCGUUUAGUAGCACUGGCAACUUCUUGGACAAUGAUCACAACCGAGAUUCUGUUAAGUCGUCACUGCUACCAACAAUUUCUGUGAAAGAAACGCCAUUGUACGUGGAUGCACGGAUUUCGCCCAUAUCACUGACGUAUUAUGGGUUCUGCCUGGUAAAUGGAAGCUACACUGUAAACCUUCAUUUUGCAGAAAUUAUGUUUAAUGAUGGCAGUGCAUAUAGCAGCCUGGGAAGACGCAUAUUUGAUAUUUACAUUCAGGGAAAGCUGGAGCAGAAGGAUUUUAACAUAGCAGAUGAAGCAGGUGGCAUUGGCCAGGCAAUCAUAAAAAAUUAUACUGCAGUAGUGACUCAUGGUACACUGGAGAUCCGCUUGUAUUGGGCCGGAAAAGGGACAACCGGUAUCCCCACUAGAGGAGUUUAUGGUCCUCUCAUUUCAGCUAUUUCUGUGAACAAGCUUGAUUAUGUACCGCCACCAAAACAUACAAAAAGAAUAUCUGCAGGCAUUGUGGUUGGGAUCGUGGCUGCAGUAGCCUUUGCUAUCAUCCUGCUUCUCAGUACUUUUUGGUGGAGAGGCUUUCUAAACCGCAAAGACAACAUGGAACAAGAUCUGAAGGGUCUAGACUUGCAGACUGGUUCAUUUGCCUUGAGGCAAAUUAAAGCUGCCACAAAUAAUUUUGAUGAUGCUAACAAGAUUGGAGAAGGGGGUUUCGGUUCUGUAUAUAAGGGACUUCUAUCAGAUGGCACUGUAAUUGCUGUAAAGCAGCUGUCUUCCAAAUCGAAGCAAGGAAAUCGGGAGUUUGUGAAUGAAAUAGGAAUGAUUUCUGCUUUGCAGCACUCUCAUCUUGUAAAACUAUAUGGAUGUUGUAUCGAGGGAAAUCAAUUGUUGCUGGUAUACGAGUACAUGGAAAACAACAGUCUUGCUCGUGCUUUGUUUGGCCCAGAAGGAUGCCAGUUGCAAUUGGAUUGGUUGACAAGGUACAAGAUCUGCAUUGGCAUAGCUAGGGGUUUGGCUUAUCUCCAUGAAGAAGCAAGACUUAAGAUUGUCCACAGAGAUAUCAAGGCCACUAAUGUGCUGCUUGAUAAGAAUCUUAACGCAAAGAUUUCUGAUUUUGGUCUGGCCAAACUUGAUGAAGAGGACAAUACCCACAUCAGCACCAGAAUUGCUGGAACCUACGGAUAUAUGGCACCUGAAUAUGCUAUGCGUGGUUACUUGACUGACAAAGCAGACGUUUAUAGCUUCGGAAUAGUCGCAUUAGAGAUUGUUAGUGGGAGAAGCAUCACUGGUUACAUAGCACAAGAGGACUGUUUAUAUCUUCUUGAUUGGGCACUAGUCUUGAAGAAGAAGGGGAAUUUGAUGGAGCUAGUGGAUCCUAGGUUGGGUUCAGACUUCAACAAAAUAGAGGCAACGGUGAUGAUGAAUGUAGCUCUUCUGUGCGCCAACACGUCACCAGCAGUUAGGCCUGCUAUGUCUUUGGUUGUUAGCAUGCUUGAAGCAAGAACUGUCCCCGAGUCAUUGUUGGUUCCCGAUCCAGAUGCCUACUAUCAGUAAAUGAACCUGAAGGCAAUGAUGAUUGUGCUUCCAAAAAGCUUUUAUAUUGAUACAAGUGAUGGCCAAAUUCAGAGUACGUCAGAACACUGAUGGACCCUGCACUUCUUCUUCACCUCUACGUACCUUCUCAAUUGAGAUUCAGACAUUUGGGAGACAGAUUAGAUAGGUGGUGCAUGUUGGCCUUAUCGGGUUUUUUCACUUCGUACGUUUUCCUUCUACAAUUUUAUCUCUCGGGAUUUGUUUGUUAAUUACACAGGUUUGAUCACUUGAAUAAAUUGAAUGUUGAGCAUGUAACACAAUGUGUGGUUUUGUAAUAUAUAAUCUAUAAGGAUUUGCGAGCAA